AUGCCUCAGGCUCGCCGAGGCAGCGUGGUCUCGGUUGGACCAGAGGGCAUCUUGCAGAACGGGGCUGUGGAUGACAGUGUGGCCAAGACCAGUCAGCUGCUGGCUGAGCUCAACUUUGAAGAAGACGAAGAAGACACGUACUAUACCAAGGACCUCCCAGUCCAUGCCUGCAGUUACUGCGGAAUCCAUGAUCCUGCCUGCGUGGUUUACUGCAAUACCAGCAAGAAGUGGUUCUGCAAUGGCCGAGGAAAUACUUCUGGCAGCCACAUUGUAAAUCACCUGGUGAGGGCAAAAUGCAAGGAGGUGACGCUGCACAAGGAUGGGCCCCUGGGUGAGACAGUGCUGGAAUGCUACAACUGCGGCUGUCGCAACGUCUUCCUGCUGGGCUUCAUUCCUGCAAAGGCUGACUCGGUAGUGGUGCUGCUGUGCAGGCAACCCUGUGCCAGCCAGAGCAGUCUAAAGGACAUCAACUGGGACAGCUCCCAGUGGCAGCCCCUAAUCCAGGACCGAUGCUUCCUAUCAUGGCUGGUCAAGAUUCCCUCAGAGCAGGAGCAGUUGCGGGCACGGCAGAUCACUGCACAGCAGAUCAACAAGCUGGAGGAGCUGUGGAAGGAAAACCCUUCAGCCACCCUGGAGGACCUGGAGAAGCCCGGCGUGGAUGAGGAGCCACAGCACGUGCUCCUGCGGUAUGAGGAUGCUUACCAGUACCAGAACAUCUUUGGGCCCCUGGUCAAGCUAGAAGCUGACUACGACAAGAAGCUGAAGGAGUCACAGACUCAAGAUAACAUCACGGUCAGGUGGGACCUGGGCCUUAACAAGAAGAGAAUCGCCUUCUUCACUUUGCCCAAGACUGACUCUGAUAUGCGGCUCAUGCAGGGCGACGAGAUCUGUCUGCGGUACAAAGGGGACCUAGCACCCCUAUGGAAGGGGAUUGGCCAUGUCAUCAAGGUCCCCGAUAAUUACGGUGAUGAGAUUGCUAUUGAGCUCCGCAGCAGUGUGGGUGCGCCUGUGGAGGUGACCCAUAACUUCCAGGUGGAUUUUGUGUGGAAGUCAACCUCUUUUGAUAGGAUGCAAAGUGCACUGAAGACCUUUGCUGUGGAUGAGACCUCUGUGUCAGGAUACAUCUACCACAAGCUGCUGGGCCACGAGGUGGAGGAUGUGGUCAUCAAGUGCCAGCUGCCAAAGCGCUUCACAGCUCAGGGGCUCCCUGACCUCAACCACUCUCAGGUGUAUGCUGUAAAGACCGUGCUGCAGAGACCCCUCAGCCUCAUCCAGGGCCCGCCAGGCACAGGGAAGACGGUGACAUCCGCCACUAUUGUCUACCACCUUGCUCGGCAGGGCAAUGGGCCUGUGCUGGUCUGUGCCCCAAGUAACAUCGCUGUGGACCAGCUCACAGAGAAGAUCCACCAGACAGGACUGAAGGUUGUACGCCUCUGUGCCAAGAGCCGGGAGGCCAUUGACUCCCCAGUGUCCUUCUUGGCUCUGCACAAUCAGAUCAGAAACAUGGACAGCAUGCCUGAGCUACAGAAGCUGCAGCAGCUGAAGGACGAGACAGGUGAACUGUCGUCUGCGGAUGAGAAGCGGUACCGGGCGCUCAAGCGCACAGCUGAGAGAGAGCUGCUCAUGAACGCAGAUGUCAUCUGCUGCACCUGUGUGGGUGCUGGUGACCCAAGGCUGGCCAAGAUGCAGUUCCGUUCCAUCCUUAUUGAUGAGAGCACCCAGGCCACUGAGCCUGAGUGCAUGGUGCCUGUGGUUCUUGGGGCCAAGCAGCUGAUCCUCGUGGGCGACCACUGUCAGCUGGGCCCUGUGGUGAUGUGCAAAAAGGCAGCCAAGGCCGGACUGUCACAGUCGCUCUUCGAGCGCCUGGUGGUGCUUGGCAUCCGGCCCAUCCGCCUGCAGGUGCAGUACCGCAUGCACCCCGCACUCAGCGCCUUCCCAUCCAACAUCUUCUACGAGGGCUCAUUGCAGAAUGGUGUCACUGCAGCGGAUCGUGUCAAGAAGGGCUUUGACUUCCAGUGGCCACAGCCUGACAAGCCCAUGUUCUUCUACGUGACACAGGGCCAGGAGGAGAUUGCCAGCUCUGGCACGUCCUACCUCAACAGGACGGAGGCAGCUAAUGUGGAGAAGAUAACUACAAAGCUGCUGAAGGCAGGUGCCAAGCCUGACCAGAUUGGCAUCAUCACACCCUACGAGGGCCAGCGCUCCUACCUGGUGCAAUACAUGCAGUUCAGUGGCUCCCUGCACACCAAGCUCUACCAGGAAGUGGAGAUUGCCAGUGUGGAUGCCUUCCAGGGCCGGGAGAAGGACUUCAUCAUUCUGUCCUGUGUGCGUGCCAACGAGCACCAGGGCAUUGGGUUCCUGAAUGACCCCCGGCGUCUCAAUGUGGCCCUCACCAGAGCGAGAUAUGGUGUGAUCAUUGUGGGUAACCCAAAGGCGCUGUCAAAGCAGCCACUGUGGAACCACCUGCUGAGUUACUACAAGGAGCAGAAGGCGCUGGUGGAAGGGCCGCUCAACAACCUGCGUGAGAGCCUCAUGCAGUUCAGCAAGCCUCGCAAGCUCGUCAACACCGUCAACCCGGGGGCCCGCUUCAUGACUACAGCCAUGUAUGAUGCCCGUGAGGCCAUCAUCCCUGGAUCUGUCUAUGACCGCAGUAGCCAGGGCCGGCCCUCAAACAUGUACUUCCAGACCCACGACCAGAUUGGCAUGAUCAGUGCAGGUCCCAGCCAUGUGGCCGCCAUGAACAUCCCCAUUCCCUUCAACCUGGUCAUGCCUCCCAUGCCACCGCCUGGGUACUUUGGACAGGCCAACGGGCCCGCUGCUGGCCGAGGCACCCCAAAAAGCAAGACUGGCCGUGGAGGCCGCCAGAAGAAUCGCUUUGGGCUUCCAGGGCCCAGCCAGACCACCCUUCCCAACAGCCAGGCCAGCCAGGAUGUGGCCUCACAGCCCUUUUCGCAGGGCGCCCUCACCCAGGGCUAUGUGUCCAUGAGCCAGCCCUCCCAGAUGAGUCAGCCCGGCCUUUCCCAGCCAGAGCUGUCCCAGGACAGCUACCUCGGUGAUGAGUUUAAGUCACAGAUUGACGUGGCACUCUCGCAAGACUCCACUUACCAGGGAGAGCGGGCAUACCAGCACGGCGGGGUCACCGGGCUGUCCCAGUACUAGAAGGUGGCGGCGAAAGAGCUAAGCUAUGUGGCUUAGUCUAUCAGCAUCUUAUUCUGGGUAAUAAAAAAUAAAAAUAAAUGGAUACCUGUUUUCCACUGCUAAAACUGAAGCACCACUGUGUGAGCAGCCGAGGAGAGGAGAGGAGAGAGGAGCGAGAGCGAGCGGAGAGCGGCCAGGGAGGACGACGGAGUGGAGCGCCGAGGAGCGGGCGCCCCCUGCGGGCGGCGAGAGGAGAGAGGCCCGCACCGCUACGAGGCCGGCCCGGCGCCGAGCCCGCCAGAGGGAGAGGCCUCGCCAGGACCGGCCCGCUGUUCUUUUUCUUUGUUUCUCGUGAUUUGAGGGGCUAUGUUUUAGCAGGACGAACUUAGCGUUUCUGUGCCCGAGCGGGCGGCCAGGAGCGUCAUGGCGCGGUCCCAGCGCAAAGGGGUUUCAUUUAAAGAAAAUAUGGUGUUUGGGUUUUUUGUUUUGUUUUUUCUUUUUUUUUUUUCAAGAAUUCUUUCAAAGGAGUAUGGGAAGUAAUUUGAUCAGUUGUCUCUAAGACCUUAGUGGUGGACCUAGGAGAUGCAAGAAGUUUCCAGAGAGGCCGCGCUAAGAAGCCUGAGCCCCGCAGCCUGGGAUCACCGCCUGCACCAUGGCCAGAGGAUUUGUUUUGCGUUUGAGCUUCAGAGGCUGCAGGCAAACUCCUGAGCGUGACCAAUGCGUGACGGCCUGCGGGUUCUUCCCGUCGUGGGUGGAGGUCUCAUUGCUGGGCGCCCUGCCACGGCCCCCCAACCUCCCGCAGCGGCCACCAUACCCCUACCCAGGCACACCUGCGCCAACGCAAUGGAACUUAAUUUUUGGUCAAAUUUGUUUUAAGCUUUUUGUCACCAAUAAAACAUGAACAAAUGG